ACACCAGAGCCUUCUGUUCUCCCAGAAGAACCAGGGCGGCCGGUGCGCGCCUGCUCAGCCGCUCACGGAGAUGCUGCCCGGAGCCUGGCUGCCCGGGGUCUGCCUGCUGCUCCUGGCCAGGCCUGCCCGGCCCUGCCCCGAGGGAUGUGACUGCUUCGUCGGGGAGGUGUUCUGCUCCGACGAGGGGCUGGUGGCCGUCCCGCUGGACACCCCGCUGAACGCCUCAGACAUCGUCUUCGUAGAGACCUCGUUCACCACGCUGGGACCCAGGGCCUUCAGCGGCAGCCCCAACCUGACCAAGGUGGUCUUCCUCAACACCCGGCUCUGCUGCUUCGGGCCGGAUGCCUUCGGGGGGCUGCCCAGGCUCCAGGACCUGGAGAUCACUGGCAGUGCCCUCUCCAACCUCAGCAGCGACACCUUCUCCAACCUGACCUCGCUGGGCAAGUUCACCCUCAACUUCGACAUGCUGGAGGCUCUGCCCGAGGGCCUCUUCCACCAGAUGGGCGCCCUGGAGUCUCUCCAGCUGCAAGGCAACCAGCUCCAGAACCUGCCUGCCAGGCUCUUCUGGCCCCUGAAAUGUCUGAAGACCCUCAACCUGGCUCAGAACCAGUUGGCCCAGCUGCCCGAGGAGCUGUUCGAGCCCCUCUGCAGCCUGCAGAGCCUGAGGCUGAGCAGCAACAAGCUGUCCAUCCUGCCCCAGGCCGUGUUUGGCACACUGGGCAGCCUGCGGGAGCUCUUCCUGGACAGCAACUCCAUCUCGGAGCUGCCGCCCGGGCUGUUCGCGAAGCUUGGCCACCUGGAGAAGCUGUGGCUGCAGCGCAACGCCAUCGGGCACCUGCCCCUCGCCAUCUUCUCCUCCCUGGGCAACCUGACCUUCCUGAACCUGCAGGGGAACAUGCUGCAGACGCUGCCCGCCGGCCUCUUCGCCGGCACCCCUGCCCUGGUCGGCCUGUCCUUGUCCUACAACCAGCUGGAGGCUGUCAGCGAGGGGGCCUUUGCCCGCCUGUCGAGCCUCGGGUCCCUCACCCUCUCGCACAACGCUAUCACUCAUCUCCCCGCUGGCGUCUUCCAAGACCUGGAGGAACUGGUCAAGCUUUACCUGGGCAGCAACAACCUGACGGCCUUGCACCCCGCCCUCUUCCAGAACCUGUCCAAGCUCGAGCUGCUCAGCCUGUCCAGGAACCUGCUGACCACACUCCCCGAGGGCAUCUUUGACAGCAACUACAACCUGUUCAACCUGGCCCUGCACGGCAACCCCUGGCAGUGCGACUGCCACCUGGCUUACCUCUUCAACUGGCUGUACCAGUACAGCGACCGGUUCUUCAACGUCCAGACCUACUGUGCAGGCCCUGCCUACCUGAAGGGCCAGGUGUUGCCCGCCCUGAAGGAGGAGCAGCUGGUGUGUCCGGUCACCCGGGACCGCUUGGGCUUCCAGGCCCCAGGGCCAGAGGACAGGGAGCCCGGGGAUGCCUGGGAUCUGGUAGCGGAGGAGAGAGCAGCCUGGACCCGGUGCACCUACAGCAACUCGGAGGGCACCGUGGUGCUGGCCUGUGAUGAGGCUCGGUGUCGCUGGCUGAAUGUCCACCUGUCCUCGAGGCAGGAGUCGGCCUCCCCGGGACUGAGGUACAAUGCCAGUCAGGAGUGGGAUUUGAAGUCGAGCUGUGGCUCCGUGAGGGUCACCGUGUCUAUCGGAGCGCGCCCCGGGGGAAGCUAGACACAGGAUCACAGAGCCAGGAGCCUGCAGGGAUGCCCCCCAACCCCCCCCCCCCCCGGGCCCGACCAGCCAGGAAGUGGAGGUACAGGGGGAGCUGAUGCUUUGCUUUUUCAGAUGUAAGGGACCAAGCUACAUCUCCAAGGUAGAGGAGGCCACCAGGCCAGCUCCACAAGCCAGGGUCCCCUCCUCCUCUUCCGUGAUUAUCACCCCGGCCCAGAGGCUGGGAUUGACCGUGGCCUUCCUUAAGCUUUGCAAAGCAGCCAUUGAAGCCGCACCACAGUCUGGAAAAUAAAAGGACAUUCUCCCUGGUGUUUCUUGAUCA